AUGUCUUCUGCAAGCUCUUCCGUGGCCCGACCCGAAAAAUGCAAUGACGUUAACGUGACUGCGGGGGAGUCCCAGGAGAUGGCAAUGGAGAACAACAACUCGGGCCUAUGGUCUACUCGGGAGGUUAUGUCUGAGAACCCUAGUCUUGGAUCUAAUGCUGUCCCAACAAUAGACGGUCUCAUGCAGGGCUACACAUCAGAACCUAAUAAGAUCUACACUUGUCGCUUUUGCAAUAAACUGUUCUCAGUCGCUCAAAGCCUAGGUGGUCACAUGAACGCGCACAAGACGGAGCUACAGUGGGAAAGGAAGCGGAAGGAGAUGGAAAAAGAGUUCCCUCUUUGGGUAUUACGUAAAUAUCCACAAGGUGCUUUAUCAAAUGAUGGUAAUCUUGGGAUCACUUCUGAACCUUUCAAACGCAUACGUACCGGCCUUAACCCAUCUUUCUAUAGCGGAGUCAUGGACAUGAACAUGAACAUGACCGUAGGUCCUCGCAUGGCUCCUACUGGCGUCCUCUCAUGGAACACUUACAUUAAUGGUUCCUUUUCAGGGGGACUUGCGCCAGUACCCUCCUACAACAACUAUCCCCCGAUGCUCCCUAGAAACGUUCCUCCGUUUCCUCCACAUAGGACUACCAAUCUUCCUAGCUAUUUGUAUCCGCAAGAGAAUGUAUUGAACGAGGAGGAUGUCAUCUUAAAUCUAGGAAAUGGCAACAUUGUAAAGAUUGAUGAUGACGGUGAAGAUGCUGUUGAUCCGCCAGAAGAAGGGACAUCUAAGAGCUGGGGCGCUGAUCUAUCCCUUUAA